UCUAAAGUUACAAGUUAAUAAUUAUUCACGUAUAUUUAGUGUAAUUUGGUUACAUAGUUGUCGUAAAUUAGUGUUUUGAUUUAGUGCCAUUGAAUCGAAAUUGUUAUAUAAAAUGGAAUCUCUAGAAACAGUCAUUGAAAGUGCUAGUGAAAUAAUUAAUAUGGCGAACUGGCCUGCAAUUGGUUCAAUAAUCCUGCCCAAUGUUGGUGGUUGGGUAAACGGACUGUACUUUGCUGGACAAAUACGCUCUGAAGAAGGGAAGUCUUGGUACGAUAACCUUAAGAAGGCACCAUGGAAUCCACCAAAGUGGGUAUUUGGGCCAGCCUGGACUGUUCUAUACAGUAGUAUGGGAUAUGCUUCGUAUUUGGUGUGGGAAGAUUGCGGUGGUUUUACUGAAUCUUCAGUACUUCCUCUCACCUUGUACGGAAGUCAGUUGGCUCUCAACUGGUCAUGGACGCCUAUAUUCUUUGGCAUGAAGGACUAUAAACUUGCAUUCAUAGAAAUCGUAGUGCUAGGUGUGGCAGCCACAGCGACUACCAUAUCGUUUGUGCAUUACAAUAAGACAGCAGCUGCCCUCAUGUUGCCAUACCUUGGCUGGUUGACCUACGCCAGCUCCUUGUCCUAUUACAUCUGGAAGAACAACCCAAAGUCAGAACCCAGAGUCACCGAGAUCAAAGAUGAGAAGACCCAGUGAAGUUUUUGGAGAUCUUCAAUAAAAUGUUUGAACAAAAAAUAUUUGCAACUUAGAAGUCUGUACUUUAUGUAGUUAAGCAUUUUAUUUCUAUUUAUCUCUUUAUUCUAAGAAAUAUCACAAUAAUCUUGUAGUUUUAGCUUUUUUCUUAUCGUAUUUAAUACGA